AAAAAUAAAAUUUCAUUCAAAACCAUAAUUCUAUUCAACUUGUUACUGUUUUCAGGCCCCCGAUGGAUUCCACUAAUCGGACAUGGGCCUGAGCUGCGCAAAUUAGCCAAGUAUUAUGGCGGGCAGCAUUUGGCAUUUGAAGAACUUUCUAGAAGAUAUGACACUAAUGUCGUAGGAUUGAAAUUGGGACAGGAACGAAUUGUAUGUGCCUGUUCUUACCAAAGUGUCAAACAAGUGAUGACAUCAGAUGAAUUCUUAGGACGACCGGACAAUUUCUUUUUUCGAUUGCGUACUAUGGGAGCAAGAUUAGGUAUAACCGGAACAGAUGGUGAUCUAUGGAAAAAUCAAAGAGCAUUCCUCACUUCACAUCUGCGAGCUCUUGGGUUCGGGAAAGAUUAUAUGGAGAAAAUGGUGAAAGCAGAAGUAGAACAUUUUAUUAGCCUUUUUGAAAAUAGGGAAGAAGGAUUGGAUUUAGCAGCAGCACUGCCAAUAUCAGUUUUAAAUAUUUUGUGGAAUUUAAUUUGUGGCCAAGGUUUGGAAGAUAAUUACCAAGUGGGCCAGUUUCUAGAGCUUCUCAAAAAAAGAACUACAGCUUUUGAUGCAGCCGGUGGUACUUUAAAUAAUUAUCCAUGGCUUCGCUUUAUUAUACCAGAAAAAUCUGGAUACAACUUAUUAGGAAUCAUAAAUUUCGAGAUCACAGAUUUCAUCAGUCAGGCAGUAAAUGAACAUAAAGCAAAUUGGACAGAAGAUAGGACUGAUGACUUUAUUUAUGCUUUUUUAAGAGAAAUAAAAAGAUUAGAUAAAAAAGAAAGUUAUUUUACAGAUGAUCAGUUAAUAAUGGUUUGUCUAGAUAUUUUUAUUGCUGGUUCUACGACUACAAGUGACACAAUUAGUUUUGCAUUUUUGGCAAUGAUCCUUUUUCCCGAAGUACAGAAGAAAGUGCAUGAUUGUAUUGACCAUGAGUUCAGGCAAAAUGAAGAUGUCUAUUAUGCUGAUAGGCAACGGGCGCCGUAUAUAGAAGCAGUUUUGUUGGAAUGUCAGCGAAUGUUUCCAGUCAUGCCAGUUGCUGGUAUAAGAAGGACUUUAAGGCAGGCUUAUUUAGAUCAAUAUAUCAUACCAAAAAACACAACGGUAUUGGUAAACUUACAUUCAGUUCAUCAUGAUCAAGAUUACUGGAAAGACCCAGAAAACUUCAGACCGGAAAGAUUCUUGGACGAAAAUGGCAGCAUUAUACGACAAGAUAGGGUAUUGACAUUUGGACUAGGAAAAAGAAAAUGUUUGGGCGAUGUACUGGCCAAAUCGUGUAUAUUUCUGUUUUUUGUGGAAAUUCUUAGAAAAUAUAAAAUUGAACACCAUGCAAGUUGGAAGAAACCUACAGGAAAACAGACACCAGGGAUUUCCAUGACUCCAGAGAAAUAUAGAGCCAAAUUUAUUCCCAGGUUUUAA